GACGGCCGACUUCUGCAAGGCCCAGGAAUCCUGGUACUAUGGAUCACCUAUAUUUGCUUUGAGACAUGCUUUAGAUGUUUUUUUCUGGAAGCCCUGUAAAUACUGUAAAAAUUCAGUGUAUUGUUGUAAAGACCUAUGGCCAAUGGUGGCAGAGUCUACAUAGAACUAUGCUUCGUGGUGUUCUGGGAAAAACCUUUCGACUUGUUGGCUAUACUGUUCAGUACGGCUGCAUAGCUCAUUGUGCUUUUGAGUAUGUUGGUGGUGUUCUCAUGUGUUCUGGACCAUCCAUGGAGCCUACAAUUCAAAAUUCAGAUAUUGUCUUUGCAGAAAAUCUUAGUCGACAUUUUUAUGGUAUCCAAAGAGGUGACAUUGUGGUUGCAAAAAGCCCGAGUGAUCCAAAAUCAAAUAUUUGUAAAAGAGUAAUUGGUUUGGAAGGAGACAAAAUUCUCACCAGUAGUCCAGCAGGUUUCUUUAAAAGCCAUAGUUAUGUGCCAACGGGUCAUGUUUGGUUAGAAGGUGAUAAUCUACAGAAUUCUACAGAUUCCAGGUACUAUGGACCUGUUCCAUAUGGACUAAUAAGAGGACGAAUCUUCCUUAAGAUUUGGCCUCUGAAUGAUUUUGGAUUUCUACGUGACAGCCCUAAUGGUCACAGAUUCUCUGUUUGGACUAGGGAAAUGAUGUUAGACAAGAAGCAAAUCUGAGUUCAAAAUGAGUCGUAAAGCAGUGGAGACAAUUCACAACAUCAACAACGCAUUUGACCCAGGAAGUGCUAACAAAUGUACAGUGCAGUGGUGGUUCAAGACGUUUUGCAAAGGAGAUGAGCGCCUUGAAGAUGAGCGUAGUGACUGGCCAUUGGAAGCUGACAAUUACCAAUUGACAGCCAUCAUCCGAGGUGAUCCUCUUACAACUACAGGAGAAGUUGCUGAAGAACUCAAUGUUCA